AUGACAGAUGACAACCCAUUAUUUGCUUCCACUGGGUUAAAUAUUAGCGCCUGUGCCGUGACUUCAAAAGUAAGAGGCGAUCGACCUUGUGGAUGGUCACUUCUUUGCGCUUUGCCUGAUUUUCAAACCUUCCGCCCCGCUAUACCAAACUGCACAAGACAAUACAGUAAUGAUCUUUGGAGUGAACUUCAAAAAUCUCUCCAUUAUAUCGACAAAGAAGUUAUGUAUCGUUACUUCAGCCAAGAAUUAGACUUUCUCAUUGGCCCAGCAUGUAGCUUUAAAAUAAGUAUACAUUGCUCAGCAAGAGAUUUUGUGCACUUGGAAACUAAAUGGGGUAAGUGUUAUACCUUUAACUCAGGUAAAAAUGACAAAAUAAAGAAUGCGAACAGUGCUGGCAUAUCGUUUGGAUUUGCUGUCAUUCUCGAUGUCCAGACAGAAGAAUAUAGUUAUGGGAAAGUUUCAGAAGGAUUCAAGGUAGUGAUUCAUCAGCAAGGUGAAUUCAUCGAUGAAUGGGAAGGAAUCAAUGUUGGGCCAGGACAGCAUGCUGUUAUUGCGCUUUCGGAGAAAAGGGUAACGUUCCCCACUUGUUUUCAGUGAAAGUGGCUGACUGUGACGCUGUUUGUUAUCUUUUUAAAAAGCUAACUUUUUUCACAUCAUUUGUAUUUUAAAAAUUGAAAGUGUCUCCUUUCGUCGUAGCAUUCAUUCAUCGUAACAUUUGUAAGACAGGGAUCGCGCUUAAGUUACUUUGUUUUCAAUCGCGUCCUUAACCAAACCUGAUCAGUCACGAUCGGCACUCUCCCUUUUGCGACCAUUCGUUGGGACAGAAAAUACAGAAAAAUAACGGUAAACUUGUCCAAGCGAGUUUCGCCGUAUUCUAUUAAAGUUUGAAAAUUAUUGAAUCGUUGAAAUAGAUGCAAUGUGUCUGAAAGGCAAUUCUUAUACAGUAAUAAACAAAUAGCAAUCAAAAAUAUUUUUCUACCCUGCUCCCUGCCCCCUAGAAAGGAUACAAUUUCUCACGUUCUGUGCCAAGAAUACUAUCUUUUUCAGAUUUCAUGAAGUGGUGACGGUAACGGUAGAUGGAAAGGGUGGAGGAUCUUGUCUCAAGACUGAGAAGCAAUGCAAUGCAAUUGGUCUUCUAAUUUUUUGAAGCUAUUUGAUUUGGCAUUCUUUAGUACAAGAAUCUGGAAAAGCCGUACUCUACCAAUUGUACCAAGAAGACUUUGAAAACCUUCGAUACUUACACAGCAGCGGGUUGUCUUUUUGAGUGUGAAGCUGAGAUGAUCAUCAAGGAUUGUAAUUGCCGACCCUCUGGUUACAAAGGUACUAGCCAUUAAGAAUUAAAGAAUUACGAAUUUUAACGAAAAAAAUAUUUGGUUGUAAAUCCACUAGAAUUAGCCCCUUUUUUGGGUAGGAAUCUCAUUAAAGAAGGCAGGAAUACCUUAACGUCGAUGACGUAAUAGCCUUUUGUCUUUAUCUCACUGAUAAAAUGAACAGGAAUCUCAUUAUCCCCCAUCUUUUGUAUUCUUAAUACAACAGAAACAAUAGACUCACUUCGGUUGAAAUCGGUGUAAUAGCUUUUUUGCUAUUUUAGAUGGAUGAUGUCAUAGUUUACUUUUAAUUAUGUGCGUCAUAUCCUUAUCUUGUUAUGAAGCCACCUGUGACUAAAAAAGUGAGCUGUAAGGUAUUAUGCAAGUUCCAUUUCCUGCCUCUUUCAUUGUCUAACAAUUGUUAAAGUCCCGGUUCAAUGAUUCUGGGCGCGCAAAUCGUGCGAAUGACGGCGAAGGCAAAACUAGCUCUUUCUAGCACGAAACACAAUGUUUUACUCUUCCUGCUGCUCCUUUACAAGUAAUUUUUUAUUUUAUUUGCCCCUUUUUUUAUUUUUUAUUUUUAUUUUCCCUCCAACACAUCGACCCUGCAUUGACCUACAUCGACCCCACUUCGACACCACAUCGACCAGCGCCAAAUGUUUUCCUCCACCACCACCACAUUUCUAUUGUCUUCCCUCCACCACCACCACCACAUUUCUAUUGUUUUCCUUCCACCACUUUCACCCCAUUUCUAUUUUUUCCUCCUCUUCCUCCUCCUCAUUUCUAAUGUUUUCCACCAAACAGGUUAUUUGAGUUUGGCUUUUUGACCUGAGUUUGGCCUUUUCUGCCUGUAUUUCACCUUUUUGGCCUGUGUUUGGCCCUUUGCCCUGGGCUUGGCCUGUCUGAUCCUCAAAAAUAACCUGUUUGGUAGAAAAACAAUAGAAAUGAGGAGGAAGAGGAAGAAAACAAUAGAAAUUUGGUAGUGGUGGUGGUGAAAAAAAAUAGAAAUCACGGGAAACCCAGGUUCUCCGAUAGUGCCACGGUACAGUUCCAUUAAAAUUACAGUGUUUAAAUAGGGUAAGAAUACGAUCCUAAAAUUUGUAGGAAAUACUUAAUAAAGGUCAAUGAAACUUACUCUCCCACUAGUUGUUGUUGUCCUUUAUGCUCAAACGAAUUUUCAGGAGAAUUUGCUCAAUUUCACCCUCCAUACAACAACAACAACAACAAAACUUUAUUAAUAAACAAAUAAAAUUACAAAAGUAUUGCCCGCAGCUAGCAAGGCUAUUCGAGGUGGGACAAUGUGUGCAAAAUAUAAGAGAUAAAGACUAAGGCUAUUAACUAAGGAAAGUUUACAGUUAGUUACAAAUAAAUAUAAUACAAUAUAAUGCACAAGGUAGGAGGCACGAGAUGGCAUCUCGGCCGCCAUGCUACCUUUCCAACACAACUUUUUCCACGAAAUUCGAACUCCAACGGUAACUAAACAUGCUAGGAUCGUAGAAAUAGGAUAGCGUCAGAUAUAGAAAUCAAUGAAGCUUUCCCAGAUAGAGAAACGAAUCCAGCAGACUUUGACAAACUCGAAGGAUAUAAUCUACAAAGGCCGAAAGUCGUCGCGCCGAAGAAGCCGGGCCAGAUCAACGCGCGGCCAAGCAAAUGAGGCCUGGGCACUGUACAAAUCAAAUCCAUCCUGGGUGUCCUAGGUUGACCUUUAUCGGGACCGAUACGUAGCUUUUCCAACGUUAGUCUCCCCUGCUGGAAAUACAUUUGCUCCAAGGUUAUUGUUCACUAGAUCCAAUCUUGUCCUCCUUAAUGAGAUUCCUACCCAAAAAGGGGUUAAUUUCUCUCCUAACAUACUACUUCCACUUUCAUGACCAAAAUAUUUAGGCAAAAAGCUAUCACUGAAACGCCUAGUUUGUUCUUAAUUCCGUUUAAUUUCUCCAAACUCCAGGACACAAAUAAAAUCAAAAGUUGCAGACGAAAGCAGUAAAUUUCUGAUGUGCGAUAAAGAAAAGAAAACCUUUAAAAACGUGGUUCACUUUUUUAUGCAGCCCACUCGCAGCGCCCUACCGGUGGAUCUUUAAAAUUUUUUCGCCCUUAUUUUUUUUAGGUAAGGACGUCGAGAUGCACGCGUGUGUAACGGAAGGGCAGUUAGACUGUGUUUCAAAGCUUUUUGGUAAGGAAUACCUGUUUUCCAACACGUUAAGCACUUUUCCUUGCGGAAGUUUCCCCAUUUCGUCUUAUGUGCAGCGAAAAUGUCGAAUUGUAAGGCUUGAUUUGUUGUAUAAGUUUCUUUUUUAUUGACUUACUGUCUACGUUUAUGUAUUUAUUUUCUUCUGGCCCUUCGAAAGAUCAUGAACUGAUUUUUCUCCUUCACUUGCCUACUCUUUUUUCCCAACUUCGCAGGUAAAAAGAGGAGGCGCUAGAAGAGUAAUUUAGAGUCAUGUUAACUGCAAACGGUAAACGUGAAUUUGUGCCGCGUGACCAAGUUUUCACUUAUUUGUCCUUAAGUGCUCUUUACUUCUAAACUGUUUUUAUUGAUCUGCUCAUGUUCUAUUUUGAAAACUUCUUAACUUGAGUCUGCCGUUAGCCGUUUAGCGUAGACGUAACUCUAAAGCUCCCAAAUAUUUUCAAACGUAAACAAUUACCACCCAUUGGCUAAACUACGUACAUGCAGUCAAUCAUGUUACAGUCUUUAAUUUCCUAAUCAGAACAUUCACAUUUUUUUAUUAGCUAACGUAAACAGCAAGUCCUGUGAGUGUGAGGUUCCUUGUUAUCAGACCAAAUUUAACACUGAAGUGUCCUAUACAAAGUUUCCUAAUCCUGGACUGGCUAAAUACCUGCAGUUGCAAGGCUACAACCGUGAUUUUCAAUACCAAAGGUAACUCUACUUCAACUUUUAAUAAUUAUCUCUUAAAUAAAAAGAAUUUGUAAUGAUAAUGUGAAGUGUCAGCCGGGAUUUGACUGUAAUUCAUUUUUGCAGACACCUGCUUAGUACUGACACCUCAUUAUUACAGACAACUUGCUUUGUCCCUGGGGAAACAAAGCCUUUACAUUUUCUCUAAAUUCAACGCGAUAAAUACGGACACCCCGUUUAUACCGACGCUUUUUAUGACUCCCUCAGUGUCCGUAUUAAAGGAGGUUAACCUUUUGGCCAUUGCUACGACAAAAAAAGUGCAGAGGUACUGAAAAAAAAAUUAAUUCACUUUUUCCCCACAGGGAUAACCUUUUACUUUUACAAGUUGGAUUCAAAUCUCUUAGUUAUGAGAUGCAAGAACAGAGACCAGCUUAUGAUUACAAUUCCUUGUUUGGUAGAGUAUUAUUGAGUACAUUAUUAGCCUUAGUAAACUAAGACGUGUUAACUAGCAAAGUCGGUGAGUACCUUCCUAUAAUAAUGCUCAGAGCUGGUAACGCAUGAUCCUGUUCAGUAAAGAAAUACAAGUAGUGACAGGCGUUACCAAUAUGAUUAAAUCCAUUUUCGGCGGAAAUUACACUAACUUGAGGGAAAGUAUAUGAACGCGGANUAACGUAAACAGCAAGUCCUGUGAGUGUGAGGUUCCUUGUUAUCAGACCAAAUUUAACACUGAAGUGUCCUAUACAAAGUUUCCUAAUCCUGGACUGGCUAAAUACCUGCAGUUGCAAGGCUACAACCGUGAUUUUCAAUACCAAAGGUAACUCUGCUUCAACUUUUAAUAAUUAUCUCUUAAAUAAAAAGAAUUUGUAAUGAUAAUGUGAAGUGUCAGCCGGGAUUUGACUGUAAUUCAUUUUUGCAGACACCUGCUUAGUACUGACACCUCAUUAUUACAGACAACUUGCUUUGUCCCUGGGGAAACAAAGCCUUUACAUUUUCUCUAAAUUCAACGCGAUAAAUACGGACACCCCGUUUAUACCGACGCUUUUUAUGACUCCCUCAGUGUCCGUAUUAAAGGAGGUUAACCUUUUGGCCAUUGCUACGACAAAAAAAGUGCAGAGGUACUGAAAAAAAAAUUAAUUCACUUUUUCCCCACAGGGAUAACCUUUUACUUUUACAAGUUGGAUUCAAAUCUCUUAGUUAUGAGAUGCAAGAACAGAGACCAGCUUAUGAUUACAAUUCCUUGUUUGGUAGAGUAUUAUUGAGUACAUUAUUAGCCUUAGUAAACUAAGACGUGUUAACUAGCAAAGUCGGUGAGUACCUUCCUAUAAUAAUGCUCAGAGCUGGUAACGCAUGAUCCUGUUCAGUAAAGAAAUACAAGUAGUGACAGGCGUUACCAAUAUGAUUAAAUCCAUUUUCGGCGGAAAUUACACUAACUUGAGGGAAAGUAUAUGAACGCGGAUAACAUCUCAUUAUGAUAUUAAACUAUAAGCUAAUUUGUACGUGACAUUACACCUGCCAUGUUAGUGGUCUAACAAAGAAACAACGAAUCCCCUUCCUGGUUAAGUGGCUUUAUCAAGUCAUCGGCGUUAAUGUUUUCCCCUGUAAAUAAAUGAGAUUCCCAGCCUUAAAAGCGUCAAAACUGGUGCUUCGUAUACUACUUUUAUCUGGUUCAAUUUUAAGUCGUUAACAAGGUCUCCAAGUAAAAGUUAAUGGACAAAAGCAUAGAAAAAUGGAUAUUCUACAUAAUCAUCAACUUAAAAACUCGCAUUGACUAGCCAGUCUCAUUACGUGAACAGGAUGCAAUAUGAUUAAUGUUUCAAUACACAGUUGAUGUAAGCAAAUUCCAUUUAUACACAUCUUUUGUUAUUGGGCUAAUAGACCUAUUUGGAUUGUUUGUUCAUUACUCAGGUGAUAUUGGAGGUAGUAUGGGUUUAUUCUUGGGGUGCAGCCUGUUAACUAUCUUCGAGUUCCUUGACUUUCUCAUCAGCCUCCUAACAAGACGACUGCAUCGACGAUUCCCUCAUCCGAUGUCAGUAGAAGAAGCACCGAAAAAUCAAUGA